AUGGAAGUCCUGACAGAGUGGACGACUCAGUGGAGGCAGAUGAUUUGCUUCGGCAUCUUGGCAAAACGUUAUUCCGGCUGGCUUAUCAGUCCGUAUCCACUAGUCAGAAUUGACUCUGUACGGAUGGCGUCGUAUGCACAUCUCCGGUUCGGAUAUCGUGUUGAUCUGUCUGAUCGUGUUUACCAGGACAGAGCAUCACGACGACCACUUGCCAGAAGCAGCCUGUCUCCCAACACCACCACCCAACACGAAUUUACGACAGAGUAG